CCCUCUGCGCCUGGCUUCCGGGAAGGUCUGCAGGCGGCGCUCCGGAUUGGAGGCUCCCCGAAGGCCCGCCCCCGCCCGCUCGAGGGGCAGACCCUGGCCUCUGCCCAGUCUUCCCAAUGAGACCUGCACCCCUGGGCUCCACGGACCACAUCCCUAAAGAAGAGGGACCAGUCCUGGUGAAGCUGGAGGACUUGGAGGAUGGCAAGGCCGCCCCAUGGGAUCCUGGUCCAGAGGCUGCUCGUCAGCGCUUCCGGCACUUGCGCUAUGAGGAGACCGUGGGUCCUCUGGACGCCCUGAGCCAGCUCCGGGAGCUGUGCCGCCUUUGGCUGCAGCCCGAGGCGCGCUCCAAGGAGCAGAUGCUGGAGUUGCUGGUGCUGGAGCAGUUUCUGGGCAUGCUGCCCCCGGAUAUCCAGGCCCAGGUGCAGCAACAGUGGCCAGGCAGCCCUGAGGAAGCUGCGGCCCUGGUCGAGGGGCUUCGCCAAGAAUCAGGAGGACCCCGGAGAUGGAUCACAGUCCAGGUACAGGGCCAAGAGAUGCUACUAGAGAAGAGGGAGCCGUCCAACUUCCAGUCCCACCCUGAAAUGAAGCCUCAGACUCCAGAGACAGGGCCUGAGACAUGCCCUGGAACCACACAGAAAUUCCUGCUGGGCCUGAAGAGGAAGGAGGAGCCUGAAGUUAUGGAGAAUCUAGGGCUUCUGGAUUUGGGGCUUCUGACCAACACCCAGGACACCGUGCCCACUCCCCUGCCUCAGGAGGCCCAGAGAUGGGGUUUGGUACUAGACCAGGCCUCUUCCCAUGAGACCAAGACUCCAUGGAGGGAACACUCCAGGGCGCUGUGGCAGGAGGUCGCUGGGGACAUCUCCACAGGGUUUGACCUCCGGACGGAAAACGACUGUGCUGGCUCGGACCCUGUGGGUCCCCACCUCCGAGUGCCGUGGGAUCUCGGCGUGGCCAGCCUCGCACGCCACCUCCACUCGCCCUCCCGGGAAGGUGCUUUCUCACAUGUGCUCGUGCUCUCCAGCGACCGGGGGAGUGAACAGGACCCCCCAGAUGAGGAGGCCCAGGGGGACCUGGACCCGGUCUUUGCCACUACCCAGUGGCAUGCCCCCAGGAGCCAGGUCCGGGGCUGCCCAGGCACGGGCUCCGGGGCGGUGCGAGGUGGCCGCUGCGACAUGUGCGGGAAGGUGUUCAGCCUCCGCAGCAACCUGCGGAGGCACCAGAAGACACACACAGGUGAGCGUCCCUUCCUGUGCGGCGAAUGUGGCCGGAGCUUCAGCCGCAGCUCGCACCUGCUCCGCCACCAGCUCACACACAGCCAGGAGCGGCCCUUCGUGUGCGAGGACUGUGGCCAGGGCUUUGCGCGCAGCGCACGGCUGGAGGAGCACCGGCGGGUGCACACGGGCGAGCAGCCCUUCCGCUGCGCCGAGUGUGGCCGCUGCUUCCGCCAGCGUUCCAACUUGCUGCAGCACCAGCGCAUCCAUGGGGACCCGCCGGGGCCCUGGGCUGCAGCCCCCACGCCGCCCGGGACCCCGGGCCCCUUCCCGUGCAGCCCGUGCCGGGAGAGCUUCGCGGAGCGAGCCUCCCUGCGGAAGCACCAAGCUGUGCACUCUGGUGACGAGGGUUUUGGUUGCGUGGAAUGCGGCGCGCGCUUUGGCCUCCGCUCCAGGCUGCUGCAGCACCGACGGGUGCCUCGCAGGGAGCGGCCGACCUUCCUGCAGCACCCCAGCCUCACGCAGCACCAGCGCACCCACAGGCUAGACAGGCCCUUUGCCGGCCGGGACUGCGGUCGCCGCUUCUUCCAGAGCGCCAGGCUCUGCCAGCACCAACGUGUCCACAGCGCAGUUGCCAGCGCCCACCACCGCCUCUCUGCUGUGUCCACCCACCCAGUGCCAGAUCCCACAGUUGGUGCUCAAUAA